CUGAAGGCAAGGCGGUCGGCUGUUAUUCUUGCUGAUUCUCUUCUUUCAUUCUGCCCACCCCCUUCGUCCAGACCGGAAGUGACGUUCUUCGCCUUCUUCCUGCGUCGCCAUAACCACCCCGUUUCCUCUUAUGGUUUUUCCCCCGCCCCCUUCCAUUUCGUUUCGUUUCCUUCGACGAGAGGCUGGAAAUGGCUGCCGAGCGGUGAGAGCUGAGCGGGCGACAGAGAGACAGAACGAGAGAGCGGGGGUUAAUUUGGAGUGUAUACUAAGAAUUUUAAAUUCUUAUUCUGCAGGAUUGUGAGUAGGUGUAAGCUCCUGGGAUUAAAAUGGGUCGCUCUAAUACAAGAUCACAUUCUUCAGGAUCAAAAUCCAGAUCUCAGUCCAGUUCAAGGUCAAGAUCCAGAUCACAUUCUCGAAAAAAGAGAUACAGUUCUAGGUCUCGGUCUAGGACAUACUCACGUUCUCGUAGUAGGGAUCGUGUUUAUAAUAGAGAUUACCGCAGAGAUUACCGAAAUAAUAGAGGAAUGAGGCGCCCCUAUGGCUAUAGAGGAAGAGGUAGAGGAUAUUAUCCUGGAGGUGGAGGUAGAUAUCAUCGUGGCGGUUACAGACCUGUCUGGAACAGAAGACAUUCUCGGAGUCCUCGAAGAGACCGCUCGCGUUCCAGAAGUCCAAAGAGAAGGUCAAGGUCUUCCCAGAGAUCCCGAAGCAGGUCUCGCCGAUCUUACAGAUCUUCCAGGUCUCCAAGAUCUUCUUCAUCUCGGUCUUCGUCUCCAUAUAGCAAGUCUCCUGUCUCUUCAAAAAGGCGUGGGUCAUCAGAAAAACAAGCAAAGAAGACCGAGGCAGCCACAUUGCAAGAGAGCCCUUUACAAAACAAAUCACAAGAGGAAGAGAAAGGUGCAUUUGACCCAUCUGAGGCUUUAGAUGACUUCAAUAAAUCAACAGCUGCUUCAGGUGAUAUUUGGCCUGGUCUUUCAGCAUACGAUAACAGUCCAAGGUCUCCCCAUAGUCCUUCUGUUGCUUCUCCACCUAGUCAGAGUUCUUCAUGUUCUGAUGCUCACUUACUCAGCACAGUUCACUCAGCAAAAGACACACCUCAACACUCACAUUCCAUUCAGCAUAGCCCUGAGAGGUCUGGAUCUGGUUCCCUUGGAAAUGGUUCCAGUCGCUACAGCCCUUCCCAGAAUAGUCCCCUGCAUCACAUUCCUUCAAGAAGAAGUCCUGCAAAAGCAACUGGAUCACAGAAUGCUCCUCGGGAGGAGACUCGGAUGCGCUCUUUCUAUCCAGAGGCUGGUGAACCCGAAGGUACAAAGGGUGCCAAAUUUCUGAAAAGGUACACAGAUGAAGAGUCUAGAGUAUACCUGCUUGACAGAAGUAAUGCUAGGGAAAAAGAUGCUCAGAAGGAGAGAGGGUCAGAAAAGGGGAGGACAGAGGGAGAAAGGGAGUGGGAUGAUCAGGAAGCUUUGGAAUAUUAUAUGGAUAAAGAUUCUGGAAAACAAAAAUUUAAUGACUCAGAAGGGGAGGAUGCAGAGGAGACUGAAGAUUAUAGACAGUUCAGAAAAUCUGUUCUGGCAGAUCAGGGUAAGAGCUUUGCUGCAUCUCAUCGGAAUGCUGAGGAGGAAGGAUCCAAGUACAAAUCUAAAAUCUCUAUGAAGGCAAAUAGAGAGAGUGAAGGAUUUAGAGAAGAUAAAAAUUACAAGCUUAAAGAGCCAACUAGCUAUGUAGUGGAGAGACCUGGUGUACCAAAAGAUAAGCACAAGGAAGACGAGAAAACGUCUGAGAGAACAAUGAAGAAAGAAACUCAGUCACCUGAACAGGUAAAGUCUGAGAAGCUCAAAGAACUCUUUGAUUAUAGUCCUCCUCUGCACAAGAACCCAGAUGCAAGAGAGAAAUCUACCUUCAGGGAAGAGAGUCCACUUAGGAUCAAAAUGAUAGCCAGUGAUUCUCAUCGGCCUGAAGUUAAACUUAAAAUGGCACCUGUGCCGCUUGAUGAUUCAAACAGACCUGCUUCCUUGACUAAAGACAGGCUGCUUGCUAGUACACUUGUCCAUUCAGUCAAGAAGGAGCAAGAGUUCCGAUCCAUCUUUGACCACAUUAAGCUACCGCAGGCCAGCAAAAGCACAUCAGAGUCAUUUAUUCAGCACAUUGUGUCUUUAGUUCAUCAUGUCAAAGAACAGUAUUUCAAGUCAGCUGGAAUGACCCUAAGUGAGAGGUUCACUUCUUAUCAGAAGGCUACUGAAGAACAUAGUACCCGGCAAAAGAGUCCUGAAAUACACAGGAGGAUUGACAUCUCUCCAAGUACCCUGAGGAAGCAUACCCGUUUAGCGGGAGAAGAGCGAGCCUUUAAAGAAGAAACUCAGAAAGGAGAUAAAAAAUUAAAGUGUGAUGCUGCUGAUCUUCGACAUGACAUCGACCGUCGUAGAAAAGAACGAAGUAAAGAACGAGGUGACUCUAAAGGCUCCAGGGAAUCCAGUGGAUCAAGGAAGCAGGAGAAAAUGCCAAAGGAUUACAAGGAUUAUAAAUCUUACAAAGAUGACAGUAAACAAAAAAGAGAGCAAGACCGUUCUCGAUCUUCCUCAACUUCCUCCCCAUCUUCCUCUUCAUCCAGUUCCCGAGAAGAAAAGGACUGCAAGAAGGAAAGAGAAGAAGAGUUUAAGCCACACCAUGAUCAGAAAGAAUACCCAGGCUUUACAGGUGUUGGAAGACCAAGAGGCACAUUUUUUCGAAUUAGGGGCAGAGGAAGAGCCAGAGGCGUGUUUGCUGGAACAAAUACUGGUCCCAGCAACUCAAGCACUACUUUUCAAAAGAGGCCGAAGGAGGAGGAAUGGGAUCCUGAAUAUACCCCCAAAAGCAAGAAAUAUUUCUUGCAUGAUGACAGAGAUGAUGGUGUAGAUUACUGGGCUAAAAGAGGAAGAGGUCGUGGCACCUUCCAACGUGGCAGAGGAAGAUUCAAUUUCAAAAAAUCAGGUAGCAGUCCAAAGUGGACUCAUGACAAAUACCAAGGGGAUGGGCUUGUGGAAGAUGAAGAAGAAUCAAUGGAAAAUGAAGACAAAGAGAGACGCAAAGAAGAAAAGGAAUAAAACAUUGAAGACCAGUUCCAGCUGUAAAAGCCUUUUGCGCCCCCUACACAGCAUUUUAAUAUGACUUGUCGUCAAAUGAAUGUAAGCAUUUUACUUAAAUUUUACUGUUGAAAAGUAGUUUAGUUUUGUUUUUGUUUUAAUACUUUCCCAGUCUCAUAAAAGAUUAUUGUUGAUUAUACAAAAGCAAGUAGAAACAAUACAAUACUAUUUGUCAUGAUUGAUUUUUAAAAAUGUUAAUUGUUAUAAGCAGUGCAGUUUUGCUUUGUCCAAAAAUAUGGUCAAACCCCUGAGAGUUGUACUUCAUUGCCCCUUCCACAGCUGUGUUUUAUUCUGAGAUAACCUUAGGUCUGCACACCUUUAUCUUGAGGCAGCAUUUUAAAAAUAAAUCUGUACUAAAUCUCAAUCCUUUUGCUGAAGUUAGUAUUUUCCUGAGGAUUUUGUUCAUAUGAUUGAUGUUAAAAUUGUAGAGUAAUAUUACUUGAUCUGAUGGGGCUGGAUUUUGUUUUAUUUUUGUUUGUUUUUUGUUUUAUGCAACCUCUUAGUGUAAACAGUGUAAACAGCACUGCAAAAAUAAGUUUGCAAUCUGUUUUCGAAAACUUACUAUUGAUCAGGUUUGAAACUUAGAAUACUUUGCUACCUUUAUAUCCCAUUUUCUGCAGAAUGUAUGUAAGUAGGAGGUUAUACAAAUCACUUUUGGGCUCUUAUUAAUUCUUUCAUACAUUCACAUUUCUAGAACACGGUGGGAAUUUUCUUCUGAACAGAUCUAGAUCUGACAAGUAGAGCUGUAGCUUAACAGGUGCUACGUUUCUCCGUCCACAUACCCUUACUGCUAAUGGGGAAAUGCCUCAACUGUGCAACAGCACUAAAAGUAGCUUGACCUUCUGCACACUCUUUUCUUACAAGAAGACUUAUCCUACAUUCCAAACCAUUAGGCGUACGACAAAGAGGUAAAUUGUAGUGAAAAGUUAUCUUUAACACAAGCAUGUUUCAGUGUGUGUUUUUUCCAGAGUUUCCGUGCAUAAUAAACAUAGCCUUAUGUAAACCACUAGAUGCUAUCCAUUUAUAAAGUUCAAACAACAUGUUUAAUGAGUAUGAAAUAACAUUAUUACUACAGGAACAUUUGAGGAGGAGUCAUUGACAUCAGAUGAAAGUAUCGUAACGGCCAGAAAGUACAUGAUAAUAUUGAUCCAGCUACCAAUUGUACCAGACUUUUCCCAUUUUGUAAAAUAGCCUUUUCUGUAGGUUUUCUUCAGAUAACUAACUUCACCAGUGGGAUAUCUCCAUCGUGGUUUAGUCUUCAGUGUAAUAAAGAUGUCAAAAUUUCUAAAAGGACAUGAGACUAUUAUUGCCAUUCCAAAGCAUAGCACAAACAUGUUAUUUUACUUGUAUGUUUAAGUCUAAAUUUAAAAGAUUCAGGAAAGAAAACCGACAUUUCACUUUGAUAUUUAAAACAACAUAUUGAAAGAAUGACUUGGGUCACACAAAGUCAGAUUUGUGUUGCUUUAAAAUUGAAGAUUUGCUGCUUUACUGUUCUUUCUCAGAAUAGUUGUACUGGUUGAACCCUUGCUGGAGUAAAAGCUGAGUCUUGAAAUACAAGGUAAUCCAGUUCCAAAUGUGUGCAUGGUGUCCACUUUGUCAUUUUUACUUUUGAGAGACUGGAAAAAAAGAAAAAUAUGUGGGAGCACUGCUUUAUCUUGUAUUAGACCCUUUGUCCUUUUGGCACAGCAAUUCCUACCCUGAUUUCCAUCAGCUUUCCAGUGACUGAAGACAGCAUCUUCCCUAAAACAACAGCCAGGUAGUGGACUGAAUGGCACCUGUAUAUGCAAACAGUUGUGCUAUAGCUGAGAGCUGUGGUACCACUCUCAUCUUAAUGACGGCUUGGAAAUACGUGCAUAUUUGUAUUUAGCAGUAAUAAUUAUCCCACUUUUGCAGCUAAAAUGUGAUGAUGAAAUAAUUGCAGCAUGCUUCAUGAGACCUAGUAGCGUCAGCACUGUAGCUGGUCACACAUGACAUUUAAGGAAAUAAAUUGUGUCUACAUCUGUGCUAGAGCCACAGAUUUAUUUUUUCUCCAAGUGUUCACUUGGACUCUACUAUUGACAGAUGUCACAGCUUCUGGUACAUUUUCAGAUUUUGUUUUUUUAAAAUUAGCUCUCAGAUUGUAAAAUGUGUUGUGAGUUCAUUAAUUAAUAGGUUAGUUUUAUAAAAUUUAUAUCUUAUCCAAGGUAUGAACUAUGUGUGGGAGAAAAAAAGAUAACCCAGGUCUAGUCCUCAGAUUUGAUUAUAAGGCAUUUCACAGUUUUCAUUGGCCAGCUUUACUUUAUGCUCUUGUAAUGGUUGACUUAUCUUGAGAGAUUUAUUGAAACUUGAUUCUUCAGUCACAUUUUAAAUUUGUAUUAGAAUUGUUUGUUUUGCAAAGAAGCACACAUCACAACUUCCUAUUGUCUCCUUUUCUUUUGUGGUGAUGCAGUGCUAAAUGUAAUUCUGAAUAUUAAACUCCAGUUGUUGUAGCUCAUUAUACUUUAGGUCCUUAUUAUGCUACUCAAUAAGAUACCUAAUUUUAAAAAAUCAUUGCUUUUCCAUAAUAAAUAUUCUAUAAACUUC